GAUAAUGCCGGAAGCUAGAGCGGAUGUGAUGUAAUUGCCACCAGAAGGAAGAGGCAUGGUUUCACGGAGGUGACCUACAGUUUAAAACAGUAAUGUAACAAGGCUUGUGAAUCUUGCAAUAGCAUACUGUAUGUCAUUGGUGUGGCUGUUAUUUAGCUUUGCAACGUAGCCAAACCGUAUAUUCUAACAGUUUCUUCUAACAAUAUCUUCUAAUAAUUCCGUUUGAAUACACACGCUACUGAGAGCAACGUUUGAAAUGGCAGAGGCGCAUCAAGCUCGUGUACAGAAAACCAUAGAGGAUAUGGUUCAAAGUUUAGAACGGGACCACAUCCGCAAGAUGCAAGGACUCAUGUUCAAGUGCAGUGCAGAGUGCUGUGAGCGCUCCACAGACUCCAUGUCGCAGGUGCACAAUUGUAUUGAACGCUGCCACGCUCCUCUGGCACAGGCCCAAGGACUAGUGACCAAUGAACUAGAGAAGUUUCAGGACCGGCUGACCAGGUGCACCAUGCAUUGCAAUGACAAGGCCAGGGACCUGUUUGACUCUGGUGCCAAGGAGCCAGCCGUGCGGGCCAUGAUGGAGAACUGCGUGGGAAGCUGUGUGGACGACCACAUCAACCUGAUUCCCAGCAUGACGCACAGACUCAAAGAGAACCUGGACUCUAUUCCACAGUGAGGAGGAGGGAACAGCUUACUUCAUAUGCAUGAGACAGGUUGGACUCUAUACUACAGUGACUGUCAUCUGACUCAAAUAACACAGAGGAAGUAUAAACAGCAGACUCAAAGAUGGCUCGUUAUUAUCACAGUGAAAAAGAGGGAGUUAUAAAGGGCAGAUCCAAUACCCCAGUGAGGGAAAGGGACAGCUUGCGGGAAUGAGAUUUGGGUCCUGGUAAAAGGUUAAUCAGGUCCAUGCUGUGUGAGAGGGUGGGGGAUAUAGCUCAGCUCAGAGUCUGAAGAAACUACACAUCCCCUGCAAACUGACUCUGUGUCUUUGUAGCACUUACUGUUUAUUGGUUGAACCUACAGACCAGACAGGCCAGCUGAACUUACUCAGCAUAACUGUCUAACAUCAAAAAUACCUGUGUCUGUGAACUGUGUGUAAAGGUAUUUAUUACAUGUCCUGAUAGCCUAGCUGUUGUAUGAUUGGAGUCUGUAUUCUGCCUCGGUGCUCUAAAUAUUUGCAACCUGUUCCUCUCUUCUCUAGCAUGAUCUCUGUGCUGUUUGUUUUGUGGGAACCAUGCAUGUUCUGUGACUCUUUCCCUCAUCACUAUAUCAAUUUUUAUAUAAAAAUGAAAGCAAAUGGUGAAAACGGA